AUGGAGCUGCAGUGCUGGCUUGAGUACCGAAGAGACCAGCGACACCAGGGCAUUACUGAGCAGUACACAUUGGAUCUCCUACACUUCAAAAUGAAUGUAGCAGAAGCCCUUGUGCGUGCAGGAGCAAGAAAAAGAGGAAGAUCAAGCUGGUCACCAAGCCUACCGCUUCAAGAAGAACCAGUAUGGAGAUGCUCUGCUGAACGACGGCCAAUUGAAGAUGUGCGCACUGACAUGACGGACCACAUGCUGAAAUACGACCGUCAAGAUCAAUCUGACAUGGGAAACUCUCUGACUUCCUUUCGUCGUUUGAGACGGAAUAAGAAAAACAAAGUGAAGCGAGGAGUAGCUGAUGAAGUACAGGCCAUCUCUCCCGAAAGUGUAGAGAUAUCGGUAAAGAGCAGUGGAGAUGCAGCACCUCAGCCUCUGGAAGAGAAGACUUCAUCCCUGAAUGCGUGUAGUUCAGAGGAGAGCAGAGAGGAUGAGGAGCUUCAGCUAAAGAGAAAGAGCCUGGAGGACUUCAACUUCCUCAGCGUACUCGGAAAGGGUACAUACGGGAAGGUGAUUCUCUCAGAGCUCAAAGGCACUGAUGAGGUGUAUGCCCUGAAGAUCAUGAAGAAGGAAACGAUUUGGGAAUUUGAUUCCAUCCACGGCACCUUUAUGGAGAGGAGGAUCUUGGCUCUAGCCAGUGAACACCCCUACCUGACCCACCUCUACUGCAGCUUCCAGACCAGCGACUCGUUGUGCUUCGCAAUGGAAUAUGUGAAUGGAGGGGAUCUCUCAUUUCACAUGUCCCGUUCAUGUGGGUUUGAUGAAAACCGCAGCAGGUUUUAUGCUGCUGAGAUCGCCUGUGCCCUCAUGUUCCUCCACCGCAACGGGAUCAUUCACCGAGAUCUCAAACCUGAAAACAUCCUCCUAGACGCCGACGGCCACUGCAAGCUUGCUGACUUUGGCUUGUGUGCAGAGGGCAUACUAGAUGGCAAGACUUCCAACACCUUUUGUGGCACACCCAACUACAUGGCACCAGAGAUGAUACAGUAUAUGGAAUACGACACGUCGGUGGAUUGGUGGGCCCUAGGUUUGAUCAUGUAUGAGAUGAUGACAGGCUACUCCCCGUUUUAUCAUCACAACCGGGAGAAGAUGUUCGAGUACAUCGUCCAUGCUGAACCGCAUUAUCCAUCGAACCUCAGCAAAAAGGCGGUCAGCAUCCUCAAAGCAUUCCUGAGGAAGAACCCCACGGAUCGUCUCGGCUGUGUGGCGUCCCAGGGCAAGGAGAAAGCCAUCAAAGUUCACCCUUUCUUGAAGAAGAUCAACUGGUCACAGCUGGAACAGAGGAAGAUUACCCCUCCAUUUAAACCACAGUUAACAUCUAAGAGGGACGUCAGUCAUUUUAAUGGCAGUUUCACCCGUGAGGAGCCCAAGCUUUCUCAUGGGAAACUCUCCUUCUUUAUCCAGUCCAUCCAAGAGGAUUUUAAUGGCUUCUCCUUCAUUAACACAAAAUAUUAA